AAUCUGUCACUUCACAGUCGUGAAGCGGAAGCAAUGACUUGACCGAGCCGAGCCGAGCCGAGCCGAGCCGAGCCCGCAGCCACUUCAUGCAACAAACUGUCUCUUACAUCUCAUUGCGCAUUGCGUUGGCAAUCCAUCAUCGGCAUGUUCAACCUCGUCAUCAGGGAGGCCCUUUCCCUCCACCAAGACCCAUAAGCCAGCCGAACCAUCGUUUCUAUACGCCGAUGAGCCAGUUCCUUCGAAACCAUUCCUCUGACAACCACUUCCAGUCGAGUCCAACUUCCCUACGAAGUCGUAAUACGUUUUUAUCCCCAACGUCCCCGAGACCGCCCCAUCCGACAUCCGAUAUACAGCAGCGCGACACAAUACUGGCGGUACCUCGCCUCGCUCCAGAUCCAAUUGGAAAUGAAGCACCGAUACGUUUAUGGUGGCACCUACCGUGCAGCAGAUAAGCCCUCCUGCCGUCAUAGGCAGACUGGUGCACAGGAAAGAACACCGCUACUCCAGAUGCGACUCUCGUGUACUUGAACAUCCCAAUGUUGCAUCCGAGAGGCAAUAGUCAACCGCUUUCAUUUGUAAUCCUCUUCAUCAUAAUCACCACUUCCCUCUUCAGCAUCAUGGCCACUGAGGUUGAACGAUGCCACCAACUCCUUUCAUUUUGUUAU